GAGAUGAUGGCAUAGAAGUUCAAUAUGAGACAAUUCGUGUGCCACAAACUGUAGAUUGUCUACAAGGUAUCCUUACAAUAAUACCUUUGCAAUUACUAUCAUAUCAUCUAGCAGUAUUGCAUAAAAUCGAUGUCGAUUUCCCUCGUAAUUUGGCUAAAUCA